CGCACGCGGGCAGGGAGAGAGGGAGACAGUCUCCGCAGCGUCUUUCGCUGCGCUUCAGUUUGGAAUUUUGCGCUCGUCGGGUCGCGCUUCACGCCGGGCUCGCCUGCCGGAGCUGCGCGGCCGCCCCGCUUCCUGAACCGGAUAAUCAGACUAAUUGGCUAAAUAUCCACUGAAUUUCCGUCGAGCACCCCCUCAACACCCCCUCCUCUAAUCACACUGUCAUGAUUCCCUUCUUCCCUGCUGCUGUUUGAAAGUGACCGGCUGCAGGUGUCUCUCAUUUGCGAGGACUGACACUAUGUGAUUUGUCCACGGACGCCGCGUUUCCCCCUCUUUUACUUCGGAGAAAGUGGACUAUUUCACAGCUGGAAUUCCCUCAUCUCCAAGCAGUUUGUUUGUCUCCGUGGACCUGCGCGCAUUCUCAUACACCGUGAUGGUGUGGGGCCAUCACAGCUGAGCAGAGUGGAUCCUCUCGUCUGGAAACUGCUUGUGGGACUGGUUAAAAAAGAAAAAUGAAAGCUUCCAUCCCUCAUCUGAUCUUGCUUCACGCAGCUGUGGUUCAGUGCCUGAAGGUGGUGUCAAAGAGAGGCUCAGUGGAGGGUUGUACAGAUUGGUCGGUGGACUACUUGAAGUACAAGGUCCUCCUCGGGGAACCCGUCCGGGUCAAAUGCGCACUAUUCUAUGGAUAUAUCCGGGCCAACUACAGCCAUGCGCAGAGCACGGGACUCAGCCUGAUGUGGUACAAAAGUGCCGGACAUGGGGACUUUGAGGAACCUAUCAGUUUUGAUGGUGCAAGGAUGAGCAAGGAGGAGGACUCCAUAUGGUUCCGGCCGGCGGAGCUGGAAGAUGUGGGAUACUACUCCUGCGUCUUAAGGAACUCGACGUACUGCAUGAAGGUGUCCAUGUCCCUCACGGUGGCGGAGAACGACACCGAGCUUUGCUACAACUCCAAAAUGAGGUUCUACGAGAAGGCAGAGCUCAGCAAAGGCAAAGACAUCACCUGCCCGGGAAUUGAGGAUUAUCUCCAGCCGGGGGUUGAUCCUCAAAUCGUUUGGUAUAAGGAAUGCAAGCCAAAGCAAUGGAGAGACACCAUAGAAAGGAGGAAGGACGUUCUGUCAAUCAGGGAUGUACGGGAAGAUGACAUUGGGAAUUACACCUGCGAGCUGCCUUUUGGGAACUUUAUGGUUCGGAGGACGACUGAGCUGUCGGUCACAGCUCCUGUGACGGACAAGCCGCCAAAAAUCCUUUUCCCCUCGGAGGGCCAGUUGAGCUUCAUCGAAAUGGCUUUAGGAAGUCCCAUCAACCUGACGUGCAGGGCGUACUUCGGUUACAGCGGAGACGCCAGUCCGCUCAUCUACUGGAUGAAGGGGGAUAAAUUCAUAGAAGAUCUGGACGAGGAACGCAUUCACGAAAGCGAAAUCAAGACCGUCCGGGAACACCUCGGGGAACAGGAAGUCUCCAUUUCUCUCACCAUCGACUUCCUGGAGGAGAGCGACCUGGGCAACUACUCGUGCUACGUGGAGAACAGCCACGGGCGGCGGCAGGCCAACAUCCAGCUGGUGAAGAAAGCAGAGCUCAUGUACACGGUGGAGCUGGCCGGAGGUCUGGGAGCCAUCCUGCUGCUGCUCAUCUGCCUGGUGACGCUCUACAAGUGCUACAGGAUCGAGCUGAUGCUCUUCUACAGGAACCACUUCGGCAGCGAGGACGUGGACGGAGACAACAAGGACUACGAUGCCUAUCUGUCCUACACUAAAGUGGACCCAGACCAGUGGAGCCAGGAGACCAGAGAGGAGGAGCGCUUUGCCCUGGAAAUCCUCCCCGACGUGCUGGAGAAGCAUUAUGGGUAUAAACUCUUCAUUCCAGACAGGGACUUGAUCCCCACAGGAAGUUUCACCAAUGAUCAUUUCCAGGAUGACACCAGACUACUUAGAGCCUACAUCGAGGACGUGGCGCGCUGUGUGGACCAGAGCAAGCGUCUCAUCAUCGUCAUGACACCCAGCUAUGUGGUGCGGAGGGGGUGGAGCAUCUUUGAGCUGGAGACGCGCCUGCGCAACAUGCUGGUCACCGGCGAGAUCAAGGUCAUCCUUAUCGAGUGCGCCGAGCUGCGCGGCAUCAUGAACUACCAGGAGGUGGAGGCCCUGAAACACACCAUCAAGAUGCUGACGGUCAUCAAGUGGCGCGGGCCGUCCAGCAACAAGCUCAACUCUAAAUUCUGGAAGCAGCUGCUCUACGAGAUGCCGUUUAAGCGCAUGGAGCCCCUAAGCAUAUCCCACGAGCAGGUGCUGGACGUCAGCGAGCAGGGCCCCUUUGGUGAGCUCCAGACCGUCUCCGCCAUCUCCAUGGCGGCCGCCACCUCCACCGCCAUGGCGACGGCACACCCAGACUUGCGUUCCACCUUUCACAACUCUUGCCACACCCAGAUGAGGCAGAAACACUAUUACCGUAGCUACGACUACGACCUGCCACCCAGCGGCACGCUUCCACCACUCUCCUCGCUAGGCAACCAGCACACCUACUGCAACAUCCCCAUGACCCUCAUCAACGGACAGCGGCCGCAGUCCAAGUCUCCGCGCCAGCAGAGCAUGGAGGAAGGUCACGGGAACAACGCCAUGCUGCCGCUGCUUCCCAGAGAGACCAGUAUAUCCAGCGUGAUCUGGUGACGGGGGCGGCGCCGAGCCGGGUAGACUCUGGAUCUACGCGACAUCCGUCAGCAGGGAGGGCUCACACCGGGACCCCGAAGGCACCGGAGCCGGGCGGACCCGAGUGGCACUUAACUACUAGCCGCAGUUGAUUUUGCACCAGGAAACAACAGGGGAUCGGGGGAGGGGCGUCAGACACACUAGACAAACUGGAGCCUAAAGAGGCAAAAAAAACACAACCUUUUCUGUUGUUUUGGUCUAAUAAAAGCUUUUAUUAAAACUGAACAGCAAAGGAGACAACAGAACACAUUUAUAUGCCUGUACAAACACUAACGUAACACAAGCCAACACCUACGACCAUUUACCCCGAGAGCGGAGGAAUACAGGGUCCUGUACAUAUGUUUUUCUAAUUCUUUGUAGCAACAGUGUUUGGGACUUCUUUGUUUUAUCUUUGGUUCAGACUCGGUUCGGUUCUCAUUUCUUUUGGUUUGUACAAAAGUGAAGCGAUGGCCUGUGAGACGUGUCGGUUGUUACCUUUAUCCUGAUUCGUUGGCCGGUGUCGUUUAUAACGUUUUUGGUGGUUCUUUUCGGGCGGGGCGGGGGAGGGGUUGGAUUUGACAGUCUGGGCUCAACAUAUGCAAAACUCUGAGUCUGGACAGCAGGUGAAAUGGUGGGUUUUUUCCCCAAAACGGCAGAGAUGCGGGGGAAAUGUCGGUGCUAGGCUUCACAACUUUUAAAGAGCAGCCUUGCUAUUUACCUUAACAGAUAAUUAUAUCACUGAAAAAGUAAUUAUGUGUAUUAUUUUAUGAAAAAACAAAAGUCUAUUUUUGUAAUUGAGGAAUAUUUGCAUAGAGAAGUUAUACCUAUGAAGUUUCUGAGUGAAGAAACGGGGGGGGGGGGUGAAAAACCAUGUUUUGUUGUGUGGAACUGCAUCGCUCACAGAAACGUCACUCAAAGUUCUUCAAACUGAGGAGAAGAAAAAAAAACGUCAGUCUUCGCGACGAAAGCCAGAGUCGUAACGUCUCCGGCUUCUUUUUCGUCACGGCGGCGCCUCGCCGCCGCUCAACAGGGAUGAAGCUAUCGAUGAUGUCAGCGCAAUUGGAGGAGAAAGCCAUCGUCACCUGACCCGCCCACCCGGUUUCAUCUGUGAGGCUAAACGAGGCUGUCCAGGGCUAAACCAUUAACCCGGUAUUCCAUGUACUCGGACUUAAGUUUCACUACUUUUUUCAUGGUAAAGUUGUUGAAAUGUUAACGGCAAAGUAGAUGACGGUAACCGUUUGAGUCAUCCAACUUUAAUAUGUUAUUAGUCAAGAAUGACGAGAAUGUAUUUGAGUACGCCAACUAAUGUGUAACGACGGUAGUAAUACAAAUUUAGACCAAAGGAAGCUAAAGUGAACACUUUUGUUUUUGAAAUUUACGGUUGAUUUCACAGAGAGGUAUUCCUGCAGCGGUGCCAUAUUUUAUUCUGAAAAGCCAACAGGCUAAAAUACCCAGAAGCAUCUCAAAUGUUUCAUUUAGUGCCAUAAAAGAUGCAACAUAA